AUGCUCGAGCAGCUUCAAAGGGCGGCUCUAAGAGCUAGGGACCAAGCUGAGGACGUGGGGGAUGAUAUCAAGGUUGGAGGAGGUCGUCCAGCAACUCCUAGGGCUACCUUCGACCGUAUCAAAGUAGGGAUGCGUUGCCAAGUGGAGCCCUAUCAACGACGAGGCGAAGUCGCCUAUAUCCAGCCCAACCAUUGCGGUCUAGGUACCUGGGUUGGAGUUAAGCUGGAUGAGCCCUGUGAGGACCCCAGACAAGACGGCACUUUCUUAGAUGGCAAAAGAUAUUUCGAAACUGAUCCUGGAUAUGCCUUAUGGACCAGGCCUGAGGCUGUAUCUUGUGGUCCCGAAUUCACCCCUUACGAUCCCUUCGCCGAUCUUUCCUCAUCGAGUGACGAAGAGUAG